CUUCUUUCCACCUUCUUGGGAGUGAGAGAGGAGACGUCUCCUCAAAUCACUCUUACAUGCUUGCGUGUUGACAACCGCAUUCCGUGCCACAUUGCUCGCGCGAUAAACCGACACGAAACCAAACCCCAAACCCAAAACUUCAUCAUAUAUUCAUGUACGUAUAUACAAUUCUGAAAUCAGUUGAAACCAGUAACUUCUCUCUUUCGCCGAAGAAAAUGGCUUUGAAUCUCUGCCCUUCUCUCCGUCACCAGUGCGUUCCACCUCUUCACUCCAAUAGACCAAUUCGACCCCAAAAACUCUCUGUUCAUAGUCGUAUCUCGCACCCAAUUAAGUCCCAUAAGCUAGUGACAGAUGUGAAAGAGAAGCUUGAAAAAUAUCAUCCUAUUCUUCCUGUGGGAAAAAAUGGAAGAGAUGAUGAAGACAUGAUCCGCUGGUUUUUGAAGGAUCGGAAAUUUUCUGUUGAAGAUACUGUCUCGAAAUUGGCUAAAGCUAUUAAAUGGCGUCAAGAAUUUGGUGUGUCAGAAUUGUCUGAAGAAUCGGUGAGAAGUGUAGCUGAAACUGGAAAAGGCUUUGUGCAUGACUUUCUCGAUGUCCAUGGUAGACCUGUGCUAAUUGUGGUGGCAUCCAAGCAUUUUCCUGCAAAACAAAAUCCUAUUGAGGAUGAGAAGCUGUGUGUCUUUUUAGUUGAGAAGGCAUUGAGUAGACUCCCAGCUGGAAAAGAAGACAUACUUGGAAUAUUUGAUCUCCGGGGCUUUGGUACCGAGAAUACGGAUCUUAAGUUCAUAACAUUUGUGUUUGAUGUAUUUUACUCUUACUAUCCAAUGCGGUUGGGCCAAGUCCUCUUUGUUGGUGCUCCAUUUAUAUUUAAGCCAAUUUGGCAGCUAGCCAAGCCCUUGUUAAAGUCAUAUUCUUCUCUGGUGAGAUUUUGCUCGGUGGAGGACCUCAAAAAGGAGUAUUUUACAGAAUCUACAGUUCCAGCCAUCUUUAGAGACUGAAGAUGUUCUUUAUAUCAUUUUUUGAAGGAAUUUUGGAAUUAACUGAAUAACUCAGUUGGGUUUUGAAAAUCUUGUGGAGCUUGAUUUCCCGGUUCCUAAGCUGCAGAAGGGACAUAAAUUUGGAGCUUUGACACCAGAAACAAUCUGUAACUAAUGUCAAGUCUCAAUGAUCAUCCCUUCCCCUCCAUGUAGACAAUAAACCUUCUUAGGAAAGAGAAUGCCCAAGUUGUAUAAUGCAAAAAAGUUGUCUGUGCUUCAGUAAUUGUGUCUUGUGUCAAUUUUUAGGGUAAAUUACACUGACCCCGUAGUUUUGGUAUAAUUAUAUUUUCUUUUUAAUAAAGUUAAAGAGACCGGUAUUAAUGCAGA